AUGAAAGUGAGAAAUAAGGCAGUUAAUAAAACUAGCUAAAGAGCUCGAGUGGUCGAAAAUGUGUAGUAAAAAAACUAAAUAGGUGAUAAUAUAGCCUUAAUUGAAGACUAAAGUGAUAUGAAAAUGAGAAUGGAUUUAGUUUCCCCGAAUAUAGAGUAGCCAUAACCUCAAAAUAAUCUUGAUAACUUAGAUCAAGGUUUAUCCUAGUAAAUUGAAAGAAAUGAUAGAAUAAGGGCAUUGCCAUACUAAAUUUCUAGUAAAAUGGGUUUUCAAGAAUCUUAAAGCCUCGAUAAUCUUGACCUUGAAGAGGAUGAGCCUAGUGUGACAUAUUCAAAUGAAGAAGAUUCAAAUAUUCUGCCAAUUUAAUAGCUCAUUGAACAACAACAUAAAUCCAUUUAGGCUAAACCUUAUGUGCGAGAUUUUUCAAGCUAAACCAAAGAUUAGCUCUUUUUGGCAAAUCAGAAGAAAUUUUAGAAUUCUAUUACGCAAACAGAUGCUAUUGAUCAGUUAGUGAUUCAAUAGCAAGAGUAACAGUAAAUGGCUAUUCCUUUAGAGAUUAAGUAAUGUAAUCACAAUAAUUUAAUGAAUCAAUCCUUAUAUUAAACCUCAAAAGAGGAGCCACAGAUUUACUAAAAAUACAAAAUACAGCUUCAAAGAAUUAAUGAGAGACCUUGCAUAACUUUGGAAUAUGUCAACCGGCUUAACAAAAAACUUUUCAUUAUCUAGAACCAGCAAGGUGAUAUCUUUAAUUUGUCAUUGGACGAAUGGCAUAAUUUCUAUCAGAAUCUUGACUAAGUCAAUAAAUUGAUAGAUCAAUGCAGACAUCUCCAAGACAAAUUUGGCCUGUUAUAUAAAAUUGUGCAGUAGAAUGGAUUUCCCACUCAGAUGGCAGCAGGAAUCUUUCAGGGGGCAAUCCAGUAUAUUUAUUAGCAGGCUUAUAAGUAGAUUCUAGUAUUUAAGGAUGUUGGCUAGAUAUAUUUAGAUUUCUAGUCAACUUUCAACAAGAACAAUUAGUCAAUGGGGAUAGUUCUUACUCUUGAAGAAUGGAUCCUAAUGACUAAUGAACUCUCCUUAAUAGAUGCAUAUUUCAGAACUAAUAGCAUCGAUGAGGAACCUAUUAUAUAAAAGCCCAUAGCAAAUAUAUUUAGGGCUGAGCCUGAGCCAUAGUAUGCAACAGCUACUACUUAAUAAGAAUGCUAAAGCAACAACAUUCAAUAUAUAUAAAAGUUAUAUUUUUAUUGA